AUGAUACAAAGACAGCAGCUCCGCCGGGGUGCAAGGCUUAUUGUUGUUACUGUAGGACGCCUAAAUCAUUUUAUCGACGAAGGAUACAUCUCCCUGCGUGAAGUCAAAUACUUGUUUCUUGACGAAGCCGGCAGAAUGCUUGAUAUGGGUUUUGAAGAUUCCAUCAAUUUUAUCUUCAGUCAUCCAUCACUGACUGCAAAAGAAGAAAGACACUCUAAUGUUUAG